CACCGAUAUUAACCUUUGACCCCAUCAAUGUCGUUUCUACCACGUUGUUCUACCUAGCUACUCUCUCUGAAAUGCCGUCUGAAUCGACAAGAAGGUCCAGGUCUCGUAGUCCUGCUAGGAAGAAAUAUCGUUCCUCCUCCAAGGACAAGCACUCCAGCCGACGCUCCCGCUCGAGGUCAAAGGACAGACAGGACAGACGAUCCCGCUCUAGAGAUAGAAGCCGAAAAUCACGCUCAAGGGAGAGAGGUCGGAGGUCACGCUCAAGGGAGAGAGGUCGAAGGUCACGCUCUAGGGAUCGUAGGGACAGGCGCUCCCACUCUAGGGGACGGAGGAGAUCCAGAGAGAGGAGAUCUGAUUCACAAGAUCACAAACGACAACGAAGCAAAUCCCACGAUGAUGAUGAGAUGAAAACAGAAGAGGGAAAAGAUCGUAUUCCAAAGCAGCCUCUCUCGUUAGAGGAGAUGAUUUCUAAAAGAAAUGAAGAAGCUGCUGUUAAAUCGAAGCCUGUGUUCUUGAGUAAGGAGGAGCGAGCUGCCCAGGCCAUUGCUAGGAGACAGGCAGCCAUACAAGAGCAGCGGAAACACGCAGACGAGGAGCGCUCAGCUCAGAAGAAGUUUGUGAACGAGGGUCGAAGGUCGCGAGGGGAUCGUGGGCGAUGGGAAGAGCCUAGUAGUAGCGCGAGGGAGAGUGUGGCAGACAAGGACAAGAGCAAGGAAAUGGACGCUAUUAAAGCUCGCUACCUCGGGGCUGAGAAGAAACGCAGGAAAAUGCGUCGCCUUGCCGACCGUAAGUUUGUGUUUGAGUGGGACACUACAGAGGACACAUCGCUGGACUUUAACCCCAUUUACAAGUCGCGUCAUCAAGCCGAGUUCUUUGGUAGAGGUAAUCUGGCAGGUAUCGAUAUUCGUGUACAGAAGAAAAACAAAUCUCAAUUCUAUCAAGAGCUGCUGGAUGAGAGACGUACUGAUGAUCAGAAGAAACAGGCAGAAGUACUGGAAGGGAAGGAGCGUAAGAAGGAGAGCAGACAACGCUUCGAUGAUCGCCACUGGAGCGAUAAACCACUCACAGAAAUGAUUGAACGAGAUUGGCGUAUAUUCCGCGAAGACUACAGCAUCUCCACUAAAGGCGGUCGUAUUCCUCAUCCAAUGCGGAACUGGAAAGAGAGUCAAUUAUCUGAAGAUAUCAUGAAAGUGAUAGAUGGCCUGGGCUAUGUGUCCCCUACUCCCAUUCAGAGGCAGGCCAUCCCUAUUGGACUACAGAAUAGAGACAUCAUUGGCAUUGCUGAAACUGGUAGUGGUAAGACUGCUGCGUUCGUGCUCCCUCUACUAGUAUGGAUCACUAGUCUACCCAAGAUAGUGAGAGAGUCUGAAGUGGAUCAAGGACCUUAUGCAGUCAUCAUGGCCCCCACUAGGGAGCUGGCACAACAGAUAGAAGAGGAGACACAGAAGUUUGCCAAGCCACUGGGUAUUCGCACUGUCAGUGUCAUAGGAGGAGCCUCUCGUGAGGAGCAAGGUUUCUUACUGCGUCUCGGCUGUGAGAUCGUCAUAGCAACGCCAGGACGACUACUGGAUGUGCUGGAGAACCGUUACCUUGUGCUGGCCCAGUGUACCUAUGUUGUACUGGAUGAGGCUGAUCGUAUGAUAGAUAUGGGGUUUGAGCCUGACGUCAAGAAGAUACUUGACCAUCUUCCAGUGUCAAACAUGAAGCCAGACACGGACGACGCUGAGAACCCUGAAAUCCUGUUGGCUAAUAUAGACUCCUCUCAGCAUAAGUACAGACAGACUGUCAUGUUCACUGCCACCAUGCCCUCAGCAGUAGAGAGGAUGGCUAGGAACUACCUGCGUAGGCCAGCUGUAGUCUACAUAGGAGCAGCAGGGAAACCGACGGAGCGUGUUGAGCAAAUAGUUCACAUGUUGUCUGAGGGAGAGAAGCGUAAGAAGUUGUUGUCCCUGCUGGGUAGUGGACUAGACCCUCCCAUCAUCAUCUUUGUCAACCAGAAGAAAGGUGCUGAUGUCCUCUCCAAGAGUCUGGAGAAAAUGGGAUAUAGUGCUGCAGUACUGCAUGGUGGCAGGAAUCAGGAGCAAAGAGUGUAUGCUUUAGAGAGCCUCAAGAAUGGUGAGAAGGAUAUUCUAGUGGCUACUGACGUGGCUGGCAGAGGUAUAGACAUCAGGGAUGUGUCUUAUGUCAUCAACUAUGACAUGGCCAAAAACAUAGAGGACUACACUCAUAGGAUUGGGCGAACUGGGAGAGCUGGUAAAAAUGGCAUUGCUGUAUCAUUCGUUACACAAGAGGAUUCCCAUGUGUUCUAUGAUCUGAAACAACUUCUAAUAGACAGCCCAGUGAGCAGCUGUCCUCAUGAGCUGUCCAACCACCCUGAGGCACAGAACAAACCAGGAGCAGUACCACCUAGGAAGAGAAAGGAUGAAGUAGUCUUUACUAAAUAAUUAACUCUCAAACACAUUUCAACUGUUGAACUUUAGUGUGCAAGCUGGCUGUUAAUUACUACAAUUGUUUUUGUGUAUGAUGGUGAAGUUUAAAAUUAAUAUUUGUUCUUUGA